CUUUGCUUUCCCAUUUUUCUCUCUCCUCAGAAACGUUCCAAACUUUUAAAGAAAGAACAGAGCGGCGAAUAUCCAUCAUCCAUUGUUGCUCUGUUAGGGUGACAUGGCGGACGAGGUUCAGGUUAAUGGAACAGUUUCAGAAAAAGAUCAACAAGCAUACGAGGAAGAUGAAGUAGCAGCAAAGCCAGUGGAAAACGGUGAAUCCACGAAAAGGCUCAAAGAACAGGUCUCUGAUUUGCUCAGUAAGAUCGAAACGCUCGAAUCCGAGAACAGAGGCCAGAAGAAGCCGAUUGAGAACGUCCGAGAUGCCGAGGAAGCAGCGAAGGCGAGAUUGGAGGAACUACAUAGAGAGAUGGAUAGAUCUUCUGAGGCUUCAAAGCUCGUCGAAGAGGAAAGCAAUAGGGCUCUUCAUAUCAUCACUGCUAGGGCAUCGGAGCUUGAGAUCGAGGUCUCUAGGUUACAACAUGAUCUCAUACAAGUCAUGGCUGAAAGAGAUGAUAUAGUUGCAGAGUUGAAGGAGGCAAAGGAUGCAUACCAGCAGCUUCAUCAGAGUAGCCAAGAGAAGGAUGCUCAGAUUAGGAACUUGGAGAAGGAAAAUGAUUCAUUGAUGGAGCAAUAUGGCAAAGAGAGAGAAGAGCUUCUGAAGUUUAAAGGCAUUGUUGGAGACCUGAAGAGAGAGAAGAGUGAGAAGGAGGGAGAGGUUGUGAGGUUGCUCAAGCAGUUGGAGGAGAAGAGGAGCAAUGGUGCUGAGGCUGAGAAGGGGUGGACAGAGGAGCAGAAGAGGCUGAAUGAUUUGCUUAUGGCUUCAAAAGCUAGAGAGACGGAGUUGGAAGAGAAGUUAUUUAACAUGGAAGAAGAGAGAAUUGAAGUGGAGAAAAGGGCACUGGAGUUGGAAAAGAGCAGAGCGGAUUUGAAGGAAAAGGGGAUAAAGUUCCCAUGGCUAGCUGCUGCUGCUGCAUCAACGGGCACAAUUGCUGCUGCUGCUUUCAUGGUUUAUCUCAAAUAUUCCAGGCAAAAGUUAUUACUUGACUGAGCAUUCAGGAAGUGAUAGGUGAAUGGGACUCAUUUUGAAGUUCAAAUAAACUCAUACGAGUUCCAUUGAAAGUCAUGUUAGACUUUUAUUGGAAGUUGAGUUUUCAUGGUUCGGUGUAAAUUUAGUGGCUCCUACACAAGUCUAAACAUUAUCUGGUGGGCUUGAGUAGUCUGGGUUUGAUGUGGCAAUUAAGUUCGGGUUGGUGGCAAGCGAAUUGAAAUUUAGAAGGGAGGAAGAAGUAAAAGGAUGCCUAAGUGUAGAGGGAAGAAGCUAGGGAAAUAGAGUUUGGAUGGAAUUGGCGCACAAAGAAGACUUUUUGGGAAGAAAGGCUCGAUGGAUUUUUUUUUAAACUGUUUACUUUUAAGGCCCGAUGGAUUUUAUCAGUACAGAGAGAAGCAGAUGAUUAGGAAGCUUUGGUGAGAGAUUUUUUGAUGAAGAAUGAAGUAGGGUUGGGUGUUUAGGGAAUAAGGCUUUGGAUGGGAUGAUUAUGAACUUACUCAAGGCAAUAUAUGAUGAAACAAAUACUCUGAAAUUCUCAGACCAGGAAAAUGACCCAAAAUUAUACAAUCUGAUUAUUUGUUAGAUUUAAACAAGUGGCAAACAAGGUCUUUCGGCUUGCAAA